ACGAUCUCUGGGAAUUUCCAAAUUUCAUAUUGAAGGAAGUCAGUCAGUACUUUCCAUACAACACGGUAGCACGUACUUAAUUGUCCGUUACAAGAUGGCUAGCAGAGGUAACUCGAAAUAUUACCUUGUGUGUGACCUGGAGGCGACAUGUGUCUACCCUCGACAACAGGACUGGGAACCAGAAAUCAUCGAAAUUGGUGCCGUUUUGCUGGAUAAGCAACUCAAAGAAAUCAGUGAAUUUCAAGAGUAUGUUUGUCCAAAUGUAAAUGGAAUAUUGACGCGAUACUGUCUUGAUCUUACAAAAAUAACGCAGAGAGAUGUUGACAGAGCAGAUCCAUUCAAAGAUGUGUACGGACGGAUGGUGAAAUGGAUGAAAGAAAACGGAUUAAAUCUUCAGCCAGGAAGUCAAAACUUUACUUUCAUUACUGACGGUAUCUUCGACUGUAACCAGUACAUACGAAAUCAGUGCAAACUCUCCAAGAUAGAGUUUCCAAAAUGGGCGAAAAACUUCGGCAACAUAAAAAAGCACUUCACCUCCGUUCUACCACAUAUGCGGAAGAGUGAUGGGAGGUCGAACAGCAUCACUGAAAUGAUGGAAAAGCUAAAACUUCCGGUGGAAGGUCAGUUGCAUCGAGCCUUAGAUGACGCAAAACUAGUGGUGAAGAUAAUGGAAGGUCUUCGUGAGUGUCGGCCUGGUUUUGAUUUUACAUUCAACGAAACAAUAAAGCCGUUCUGGAGAAUGAAAUUCUUCGACUAACCCUAUAAUAAUAUAUAUAAUAUUAGAGCUUUCGAUAUGAGCGACGACGUGACUUUAGAACAGAUUUACUCAUCCGUGACCGUCCUACGUUUUACGCACAACGUAUUGUUUGGGCCAAGUUGCGACUUAGAAUCCAGACGACAACAACAACAACUCAACUUCUUAGUGACGCCAUUAUGUUGCAAGUCCUACCGUCGUCGCGUAAUCAAAAGCUUUAAUGUACACCUCAACUUCCAGUCACUCUUAGAUACGAACGUUCGAAAUGGUGAUGUGAUAUCUUAAUAUUAGUUUGGCAAAAUUAAGCAAAUAUACGUUUUAGAGUUAUCCAUUAUAUUAUAGCCUGUUUUUAGAUUUUUCUGGAGGUAUUUGACUCAUCCACGGUAUUGUAUGAAGUUUAAACUGUAAUGAGUCCUUGUAUACUUGUUUCAUUAUAGGUUUUAUUAUUACAUAUGAUGUUUCAUUUUAAAAAUGUUAUUGAUUGGAAUUUUUUUUAAAUAUUAAACGUUUCGCAGCAUUCAACUUCCAGUCACUCUUAGAUACGAACGUGCGAAAUGGUGAUGUGAUAUCGUAAUAUUAGUUUGCCAAAAUUAAGCAAAUAUACGUUUUAGAGUUUUCCAUUAUAUUAUAGCCUGUUUUAAGAUUUUUCUGGAGGUAUUUGACUCAUCCCCGGUAUUGUAUGAAGUUUAAACUGUAAUGAGUCCUUGUAUACUUGUUUCAUUAUAGGUUUUAUUAUUACAUAUGAUGUUUCAUUUUAAAAAUGUUAUUGAUUGGAAUUUUUUUUAAAUAUUAAACGUUUCGCAGCAUUCAACUUCCAGUCACUCUUAGAUACGAACGUGCGAAAUGGUGAUGUGAUAUCGUAAUAUUAGUUUGCCAAAAUUAAGCAAAUAUACGUUUUAGAGUUAUCCAUUAUAUUAUAGCCUGUUUUUAGAUUUUUCUGGAGGUAUUUGACUCAUCCCCGGUAUUGUAUGAAGUUUAAACUGUAAUGAGUCCUUGUAUACUUGUUUCAUUAUAGGUUUUAUUAUUACAUAUGAUGUUUCAUUUUAAAAUGUUAUUGAUUGGAAUUUUUUUUAAAUAUUAAACGUUUCGCAGCAUUUUUUCCCCUUUGAUAUUGUUACUAUAAUAAUAUUUAUAUUAAAAGCCAAAAUAGAAACUUUCAAACAGUCGAUUUUUUGUUGACGUUCCGAAAACAUAUGCCUAAUUUGUUUCCUCCAAUUAUGUUUCAUAAGAAAGUAUAAUACAUACUCCAAGUAUUGAAAUGCACGCCAUCGUUUUGGGAUAUAAUGUACCGAAAUUAAUUAUGUCAUCAGCGGGAAUGACAUAAUCUAAUCACCAUCGUCAAUUAUGUCAUCAUCAGGAUUCCUGAUGAUGAUAUAUUUAAUGUCGAAAUGUUGAGUCACAACACGAUGGCGUGCAUGUCAAUACUUGGAGUAUGUGCAGGUAUUAUACUUUCUUAUCUGAGAUUAAUCAUUGGACCUUUCAGUUUAUGUGUAGGUAUAGUUUAUAGUAUGUACGUAAUAUAUAAAUAUAUAAAUUACGAUCGCAAA